GUUGUUGGGCUAAAACGGCCCAAAGAUACUCUUAACAUGAUGUGAUAUUGUCCGCUUUGGGCCAAGCCCGCAUGGUUUUCCCCAAAAGGCCUCACAUCAUUAAGAGUAUCCAACUCCUUAUAAGUAGCUCUUUUUUCUUUCCAACUACCAAUGUGGUACUUUUUUCGCACACCCAACAAUCUCCCCCUCGAACUAAGUUCCACGUGGCUCAUUAUCAUACCACGGAUCAGAGAUUCAACAUGUCUGUGUGCCACCCACACUGUCAGAGUAUUUACGGUCACCGAAGCCCAAAGGCUGUGUAUGCGUCUUCAAAGCUACGGGUAAAGGUUGUAAACCGGCCCAUAGACAGGCAAAGGCAAUAAGCCGGGCCCCACGCCACACUCCGCCAUCUUCAUGCUUGUCACGCCAAACCAUUGGCUCUGAUACCAGUUGUUGGGCUAAAACGGCCCAAAGAUACUCUUAACAUAAUGUGAUAUUGUCCGCUUUGGGCCAAGCUCGCACGGUUUUCCCCAAAAAGCCUCACAUCAUUAAGAGUAUCCAACUCCUUAUAAGUAGCUCAUUUUUCUUUCCAGCUACCAAUGUGGUACUUUGUUUGCACACCCAACAUAUUUUAGGAUCAAAGAUAAAGAAAAUGAAAAUGAUAAGGUUGUAGACUGAAACUGCCGAUUUCUUAUCUUUGGUUUAAGAGUAAUUUAUUAACUAUGUCUUCUUUCUAAUAUAAACAUCAGUAUUUUUAUUAACUUGAUAUGGCACUUAAUUAUAUAAAUACCUAUUACUUAUAGAUGACUUUAUUAUAUGAUUCUAAAAGUGUUGUAAUUUACAUGUAUCAAACACAUAUACUUUUAAAAAAUAAAUGAGCUAUUAAAAUAGAUCUAAAAUGUAAAAUAUACUAUACAGGUACAUUUUAUUGGGAUUUAAUACGACAAUGUGAGAAAAUCCAAAUGUAAUAAACUAUAAAUUUGAUUAGAUUAAUUAUGACAACGCAAAGAGCGGGUAAAUUGACUGGUUAUGAGAUAAAAUACAUCCAUAAACUGUCCUACAUUUGCUCAUUCACUCUAGUAUCCCACAAGACUAAAAAAAGAGAUCUAAUUUUUUUAAUUCUUAAUUUUUUUCCAUUUUUCAAAUAUUUCUUACUUUUUUUGCUGUCCAUACAAAAAUAAAAUAAUUUAAGGCAUGAUUUAUGGAUCUCGCGGAACUAAGACAACUAUUUCGCUUUGAUUUCUUCAAUAGAGAUGUCGACAAACUUUGUACAGAACUCAUCACCACCACCACCACCAUUACCAUAUUCUGCUCCGCCGUUAACAAUAAUUGUCACAUUCAUAGUCUUUCUAUUUCUUUUUAUUGUUCUUUUCACAAUUUUCUUUUGUAGAUGCUUUAUGCAACAUCUACUGUACUCAUGGCAUAUUACAGUAGCUGGAAUUCCUAUAUGUCCAACUAAAAAUGUUCUAGGGCUUGAUCCAUUGAUUAUCCAAUCUUUUCCAACUUUCAUCUAUUCAAGUGUACAAGAUUAUGGAGAGGGUAAAUUUGGGCUUGAGUGUGCUAUUUGUUUGAACGAAUUUGUAGACGAUAGCUUGAUGCGUUUGUUAACAUCAUGUAAUCAUGUGUUUCAUCAGGAAUGCAUUGACUAUUGGCUUGAAUCACACAAGACAUGCCCGGUAUGUCGCGCAAGCCUGGAUUCGAUGGAAAUGCGACAAAAGACAGUCCAGUGCACUACGCUCCAAUCUCAUCACAUUGGGUCCAGCAGGAAACAGUCGGACCGCAUCGAAUCGGCAAAUAAUAAUGAAAUGUGUGGCACGGAUAAGGAGGACGGGUUGUCCGAGAAUAAGUGCAACAUAGCAAUCAACGACGACGACAACUACUACAACAACGACAACAAUGUUGAUGGUGAUGAAAAAGGAUGCAAUAGUGGAAUGAUGACGACGACGACUACAACAACAACAUUUGAACGUGUUAAAUUACAAAUGAAAGUUGAGAAGUUCACGAGAUCACGAUCCACUGGGCACUCAAUAAUUAUAGUAUGGGAAAAUGAAGAUAGGUUUACUUUGAGAGUGCCUCAACAUGUGAAGGCAAAAAUUAUGAAGGGGCAUUACACAAUGAGAAGUUGCAUCAAUUUUGGAGAAUUCAAAAGCAGAACUACCGGUGGAAAUUGUAGGUAUGGUGAAGUUUCAUUCUCCAGUUUUCUGGACAAAGUAUGAAAUUUUUCCUUUUUAAAAAAAAAAAAAGAAUAAAUAAAUUGGCUUGUGAUUUUUGCAAUUCUUUUCUAACGAUUGAUAACAUAGAUUUUUGGGCCAGAUCUAGAAGGGAACCUACAGGUUCACAAGAACUCAGUAGCUUUUACUCGUACUUUGUAUAUAUAUUAAUAAAUUCACUAUACAUCUGUAAAAAUUGAUUAUGAAUCCAGUUGUUAUUAUUUUCACUUGAGAUUGUCGUAGGAAUUCAUAAACUUU